AGGGCCGGGGCCGCUCGGCGCAGGCGCGCUGCGGGCGGCGGCUGCGGCUGUGGCGGCGGCUGAGGGGAGCGGCGGGGCGCGGCGGGGCGGGCGGCCCAUGGGGAAGGGCCGCGCUGCGGAUGGAGCCGCUGCGCAACGGCGGCGGGGCGGAGGACAAGGCCCGGAGGAGGGGAGCGGACUCCGGGCCCCCGAGGCGGUGGAGCAGCGGUGGUGGUGGUGGAGGUGGAGGCGCGGCGGGCGCUGACAGCUCGGCGGCGGCCGGGCCUAGCGGCAGGCAGCGGAGGGACUCGGUCCGCAAGAACCGGCCCCUCUUCCCUUGGUUUGGCCUGGACAUCGGAGGCACCUUGGUCAAGCUGGUGUAUUUUGAACCCAAGGACAUCACCGCCGAAGAGGAGAAGGAAGAAGUGGAAAACCUCAAAAGCAUCCGAAAGUACCUGACCUCCAAUGUAGCCUACGGCUCCACAGGCAUUCGGGAUGUGCACCUAGAGCUAAAGGACCUUACCCUGUGUGGACGUAAAGGCAAUCUGCACUUUAUACGCUUUCCUACUCAUGACAUGCCUGCUUUUAUUCAAAUGGGAAGCGAAAAGCACUUCUCGAGCCUCCAUACUACCUUAUGUGCCACGGGAGGUGGAGCGUACAAAUUUGAGCAGGACUUUCGCACAAUGGGUGAUCUUCAGCUGCGGAAGCUCGACGAGCUCGAUUGCCUUAUCAAAGGAGUGCUUUACAUCGACUCGGUCGGCUUCAACGGCCACUCGGAGUGCUACUACUUCGAAAACCCGACGGACGCCGAGCGGUGCCAGAAGCUGCCGUUCACCUUGGAGAACCCCUACCCGCUCCUCCUGGUGAACAUCGGCUCGGGGGUCAGCAUUUUGGCUGUCUACUCAAAGGAGAACUACAAACGGGUAACGGGCACCAGCCUCGGAGGGGGAACCUUUUUCGGUCUCUGCUGCCUUCUCACCGGUUGCUCCACCUUCGAAGAAGCCCUGGAGAUGGCGUCCCACGGGGACAGCACCAAAGUGGACAAAUUGGUGCGGGACAUCUACGGCGGAGACUACGAGCGCUUUGGACUGCCGGGCUGGGCCGUGGCGUCCAGUUUUGGGAACAUGAUGAGCAAGGAGAAGCGGGAGUCUGUCAGCAAGGAGGACCUCGCGAAGGCCACCCUGAUAACCAUCACCAACAACAUCGGCUCCAUCGCGCGGAUGUGCGCCCUCAACGAGAACAUCAACCGAGUGGUUUUUGUCGGCAAUUUCCUGCGGAUCAAUACGAUCUCCAUGAGGCUGCUGGCGUACGCCUUGGACUACUGGUCGAAGGGACAGCUGAAAGCUCUCUUCUUGGAACACGAGGGUUAUUUUGGUGCCGUCGGUGCUCUUCUGGAACUCCUGGAUUCAGCCUGACUCCCUGCAGCCUCCGGACGUCGGCCCUACAAAAUCAGGGCGCUCCCUGGGCCUCGAUGCCCAUGUUGGGCUUCAGUGACUUGCUACAACUGGCUGCGUGAUCCUGUCAGAGGGCAGGAUUGAGGUUGUUGACCGUCAGUUGAAGGCAGGCUGUAAUUCAGAGCAGGUUUGCUCGCGGGGAUGCAGUUGGGUUGAGCAUCUGCAGGGCACGAAGCCACCACCAUCGAGCGUCCCUCUCCGUGCAGCCUUCCACACACAUUUCAUGGUGGUCACGUCGCGCAAAGCUCGCUCUUUUCCUUUCCUCAAGACCCCUGUGAAUGCUGGAUGUCCCCCUAGUUCCUAUUUUAUAGAAUCCAGCUCAACGUUUCCUGUGCUGCAAAUGAAACGUCAGGUCCUCGUUCCGCUGUAAAUCCUGGGGUCGGGGCAGGGCCGGCAGCGCAACCCUGGCACCUAAAACCCCUGAGAACCACUUCUCUCCCCUCCGCACCACGCAGCAGCCUGCCAGCAGGGUUCAUUUCUGUUAGAGCAGCUUCUUACCCUUGUGUAGGGGUUCUCAGAGCUGGAAGGGAAGGUGUAAAUCUUGUCCUGGCUUCCCAAAUCUGCUCAGCUCGGUUCCGCUCGCAGCCUGUGGCGCUCUGCAGCCUGGCGCGGUGUUGGCAUCGCGUUAGGAGCCCGUGACCUUGAGGCGUGCUGAAAGCAAACGUGAGGGUGAACCAGGUUUCUUCUUUCCCUCCUCUGCUGUCAGACCAGGCUGCACAGAACGAUACCAAAGAUUUCUUUUCCUUCAGCCACGCUUGGGGUCUCUGUAACGCUCCGUUUUAUGCUCGUUAAUGGCUCAAGUGCUGUGGUUCGGGGGGAAGCUGUUUUUCCCUUCCACGAGUUGUUCUCUCCUCUCUUUUCUCCGUGCACGCAGCCCUGUGAGCAGCCUGGGAAGCCGCUCGCUGCAGCUUGGAGCCUCUGAAGGUAACAACUCCCAGGCUGGGAUUUUGCAGGUCACUUGCUGCGUGCCGAGCAAACGAGCUCUCCAAAGAGCAGAGCUGCUGCUAGCGGCCAACAAUUUAAAAUGGGCCGACUGCAUGCACGCAGCUUGUGCGUUGAUCCUCCUUGUUCCUCUGCUUUGCCUUGCCUUGUUUUUUUUAGAAAUUCUUCCCACUUCUAGAGUUCAGCUCUAAAAGGCGCAGCGGCUGUAGUGAGAAGGGCGCCGUUGGUGUUCUCCUUUCCGCGUUGCUCGCUUCAGUUGUCCCCGUGGCACCUGCCUCUUGUUCGGGGCUGAAAAGGGAAGAAACGGUCCAUUCAGAUGUUUUUUUUCUAGCGUAGAUCCUGUGUGAGGCUUCUCUGAAGGCUGUCACAUCAGUUCUGCCGGCAGCAGCGUGCCAGAGAGCAGGCAGCACGAAGCGAGGUAUCUCCAAAGCUUGAAGGGCCUGGAACUUCCUGAGCGCAUCCCAUAAUUAAAGAAAAAAAAAGGGAUGGAGAGGAAAAGAGAGAAAAACGGGCUUCAGGAAGCUUCUGUGCCCCUGCAAGUAAGGCCAGGGGGGGCUUAGCAGCCAGAAUUUGCCCCAGGGCUUUUCUAGAGCCCCCUUGGGCGCAGGCAGGGCACCUCCGGGUGCAGAAGGGAAUCCUUGCAGGGCGUGGGAAGGGGCUGAUGUCUCCAGGAGCAGCCCUGGGGAGCUGAGGGGAGGCAGAAGCCGCCUGGAAAAGAUUUGGGGACGUGAGGGGAAGCUGCCCAGAGAAGGAGGAAGCUCUGCUGCGAAACAAGAUCCUGCCCUGGCACGCGUGGAGGUGCCGAGCUCGCGUCCCUCGUGCCGCCUGUGGGUUUGUGUGGGUCCUGCAGCUGCCGUGCUGUGUGCGUUCUUUUGUAAAACUUAUUUUUUCGUUUUUUUUUUUUUCCUUUUUUUUUUUCUUGGAAUAAAACAUUUCAGUUAUUUUUGUAUACACCAAA